AUGUAUGACGUGAAGAAGUUCUUAGGUCGCGGAUGUUAUUCCCUGGUAUACGAAGUUGAAAGAAGGGGGGAUGGAGGUGAGAAUGGCCAACGAUUUGCCUUCAAACGAACCUUUUUUUAUCGAUCUGGUGCGAUUCAAUGUGCGAUUAGAGAGUGGAACGUUUUCAAGCGCCUGCAAGAGGCGGAAAUCACCUCACCUUUUCUCCCCACACUAUAUCACAGCUUCAUGAUUGGCCAAACUUCAUCAGUUCUUGUCAUAGACCUCUCAACUGGAAAGGACCUUUUUGAUAUUCUCAAAACUUUCGGUCGAAUGAAUGAGUACUCAGUACUCUUUUAUGUGGCUGAAAUAAUGUGCGCUCUUGAGAAACUUCAUCAGUUGCGAAUUGUUCACAUGGAUUUGAAACCGGAAAACGUAACUCUCCUUCCCUCGGGACACCUCAUGCUCUCAGAUUUCGAUCGUUCAAAUGAUUUAUUAUCAAAGAAUCUAAUGGCAUCUGAAUGGAUCAGUUUUGGAGGCACAGACGGAUUUAUGGCACCGGAAGUGGUGUCUAAUAGAACCGUCUCAACAGUUUCCGAUGUUUGGGGUUUAGGAAUGAUAACUGCGGAACUAGCCUGUGGAGCAUUGAGUCCAAGCGAGAGGAAUGCAUCUGAAGAAAGUGUCUUCAGGAGGUUCUAUCUUAAAAAUCUGUCAGAACCUCUU